AUGUCGAAACCAGAAGCGAAUUUUGGGGAAGAGAAAAAGAAUGGAGUGUACCACUUCAUCCAAGAAUUGAUCCAAGAAGGAAAGUAUGCAUGGUUCGUUAAUCAGGAGGGUCGGUUCCGUAUCAAAUGGGAGAUUGCUGUAGAACGUUAUAUAGAGUACAGAGCGAAGAACCCCAAGUUUGACCUGAGCAUCGAUCGGGGAAAGGCCAGCAACAGCUUUAGAGAGUCUCUUCUUCGUCGCUAUUCUGAUGAUGCAGAUAGAGCAAAAGAGUACGAAGAAUGCCAAACGGAAUCUUCAUCAGAAGACCGAAGUGACUCAGGUUUUGAAACAUGCAACAUUGUUCAAGCAGCACAAGAUCAUGACAUCAAAGGAAAAACCACAACUUUUGAAGCUGAGCACAAGGAAUGCAUCCGCGUGUUGUCAUACACAAAUGCAAGCGGUCAGGUUUAUGUCCACCUGUACGUAUUUUGUGACAAGAACAGUAUACCAGAAGAGUUAAAAGAAGCUGCUCAAGAGUUCUUCGGGGAGACGGGUGUUGAACUCAGAUGGACUAAUCUGUAUAAUUACGCGUCUAAUAUACCAAAUAUUGUCUCAAAAGAUUUCAAACAACUAGAAGUAUCCCAGGCUAAUGUUAUUAGUAAAAUAAUUAACAAAAAUCUGCCCGUAUUCUCCAAGCACCGUAACAUCACUGCAAUCCAGUCCUCUUUGAAGGUUACAAAUUCAAAGCAAACAAACUAUCCUUGCAUCAGAGUUUAUGUUCUUGGCAAAGGAUGCAUUCCCAUUGGCGAAUCGGAAAUCCCAAACGCAGUUGAGAAUUUUCCCGUAGACAUCGUGGACGGAUUUUGGUUGGAAACGUUAGACAUCCCCAAGCCCCUCACGGCACAUGAGCAGGAGAAAUGUCUUCGUUUAGGAGCAAGCAUAGGAGUUAGAGGGACAAAAACUGCUGGGACCUUAGGAGCCAUUGUAAAAGAUGACAGCAGUUUUUAUCUACUCUCCUGUGAUCAUGUGAUCAACCAUGAAUGGGAGAGAGAGAUAAUACAUCCUGGAGGGAGCCAUUACUUGAACUCUUUAAAAUACCACCUGAUUGACUACCAAAACUGUAUAAAUCGUAUCAUUCAACCAGAAAAUCGUUUGAAGCACGACAAUCUAAUGCCAGAAAGUAUUUUUGAACACCUGAAAAACAAAGUAGAUUCGUUUUAUAACGCUGCAGAUGUUCCACGGCAUCCGGAGUUAGAAGAGUGCAAGAGGAAAUUAGACAAACUUUUCUCGGAGAAACCAAGAACUGUAGCAUACUAUACAAAAGGUGUUCGCCAGAACAUGAAGUUUCCGGACGGAUCAGAAUGUUUCAUUGAUGCUGCAAUUGCUGAGUUGACCGAUGAAGAAGUAGAGGCUCUAAAAGAACAAGGAUGUGUCAAAAUUAUUGACACAACAAAUUAUCCAGAUGGCAAUGUCUCGAGGGAUGGGUCACGAAAUCGUGCGAGGGAAUGGUGUAAAAGUGGCAGCUCCACUGGAUAUACUACUCUGGAAAGUAAUUUGUACCUUGAAAAAAUGUUUUUAAAGACCGCCGAACAUGAAAGGCCAUUGUUCUUUCCAGGAAACCUCGAACCUCCUGAAACGUACGUAGGUGACGAUGCGUGGCGUAUAAACUGCAUGUGCUUUCCACACAACCAGAAUGUAUUCUCUAACGUGGGAGAUUCGGGAGCAGUCAUUUUUGAAAAAUCUGUAGUACAGCCUCAGGCGAUGUCAGGAUUUGGCAUUGUCCUUGGAGUUUUUUUUUCCGAGGCUGGGUGUGGUACCGUAGCCGCACCAUUACUUGGUGCUCUCGACCUACUCUCCGAAAAGUUGGGUCGCAGAUUGACACUAGUUUCUACAUUUUAGAUCCCUCCCAGUAACAUGGACGAUUACUGAUCCAUUUUACCCUGACCGCAAGGAUUUCAUUGAAACUCUAACAUGAUAGCUAUGAUUCAUUCCUUUCACGUAAAUGCAGGCAUAGUUUAGGGUCAGAGUGAAAUCAUUUCUCAGCUACAGUUUUAAAGAACUUAUCUCAGACUUUGACAUUCCAUGAUUAACAAUCCCUCAGCUCUGUUACUACGCGAGAUUUGAUAAGUUUAAAAAACUUCGAUCCACCUUACGCUUUGCGUGCAUUAUCCAUAACUUCGUAGACCACGAAAACCCGACGUCUUGCAAUUGUCUUCUUCACACGUUAUUCUAUAUCGUCUCUACGUGGAACGACAAGGUGGUCAUACUUGAACAAGAAGACACCUUUAUUUCGGGAUUUGUCUGCCUAAUCAACGCUAUAUUGCAACAGAACUGAGCGACUGAAAUUUUCUUUGUCAACGACCUCGCCAAUAAGACUGAGAAAUUCCACGACAAAAAAUGCCAUACGUCAAAGAAUAGCUUUGAUGUACCUGCGUCUAAAGAAACGCAGCUUAGUCACCUGUCAACCUCGAAACGAAAAUAAACAACCCUACAUCGCGACAGAACUGAGCUAGUGAAAUUUUCUAUGUUAAUGACCUCGCCAAUAAGACUGAGAAAUUCCACAGCAAAAACUGCCAUAUGUCAAAGAAUAGCUUUGAUGUACCUGUGCCUUACGAAACGCAACUUUCUGCUUGUUCUGAAUUUGACAAUACCGUAAGAAGUUGAACGAAAUAGCAAACCUUAUUUCGAUUGAAGAAAGGUUAGUUUUGCACAGGUUUGCCUACUUGAGGACUAUGCUGUUGAAUUUGAAUAUUUUCUUCUAAUAAAAAACAGAUAUGCGUAUAAUUUUAGAUAAUUCCGUACGAUUUCAGAAAGUUAAAAAAACUCAUGUAUACUCAUAUACUCUGCGU